AUGAGGAUGCCAUCUGCAGCAUGUAAAAGUCCAUUCCGGCGUGAUGAUGUCAGAGGAACAAAUUUUCUUAGGUACCUGAGGAGCAAAGAAGCUGAACAGAGGAAUGUGGGUUUGCCAUAUCUGGUGGACAAAAAUUGGUUUGGUCUGAUAAAGAAGACCACCGAAAAGCUAGACAGUCAAAGCAUAGACUCUUACCUUGCCGUGCUAGCAGCAAAACCAGAGUUGGCUGGUUUUGAAGGAAUUGAAUUCCCUGCAAACAUUGCCAUCACAGGCACAAUGUUCUCGGCUACCAUAGACCAAGUAUGGAAUGAAUUACAUGGAAAAGAUCCGAAGGGCACAACAUAUGACCCGAAAAGCGAAGAGAUCAUACAAGAGGAACAAAUGAAGAGGCUAUGCUUGUUUGCAGUGGGGAAAGAGCCACGAUGGGGGGAGUAUGUCAAGAAAUGGAACGAUGUUGAGAAGCUCAUCAUGAUUGUUCACUUCAACGAUCACUGGGCCACCUGUUUGGUGAAUUUCACGGACCAUGAGUUGACGAUAUAUGACUCCAAUCAGCACAAGUUCGAUGAUAUCCAUCUCGAUAUACGUCAAUGUGCUUUCUUGCCAAUCUGCAGGAUUAUACCACAGAUCCUCAAGAAGAUUGGCUAUUAUGAGAAGCGCAAUGUGGAUGGGAAAUACACAGAAUGGAUAUAUUCCUACCCAUACGAUGGAUCGAACAAUCUGAAACAACUGGAUAGCGUAAGUUGUGGGGUUCUGUCUAUUAAGUAUGUCGAGAUGAUGCUUACUGGAAAGUUCGUUGAAAAGAACAUGAGCAAGGCGGGGCUUAAAACAUUCCGUGAAAAGAUAGCAGAAAGCAUCUACAAAUUCAGCACGGAUGCAAGUACCUUUGAGCCCUUGGAAGAUGAAGAUGAACAAGAGGAUGCCGGUGAAGGCGUUGCGGCAGCCAAUCUUCGUGAAUGA